CGCGAAGAUGAAGGUGGAGACGGGAGACAACUCCAUGAUCAACCUGUCGGUGCAGCAAGUGCUGAGCCUGUGGGCGCACGGCACCGUCCUGCGCCACCUCACCGAGAUGUGGUACUGGGUUUUCCUGUGGGCUCUCUUCUCCUCUCUCUUUGUCCAUGGUGCUGUGGGAGUGUUAAUGUUUGUGAUGCUGCAGAGGCAUAGGCAGGGGAGGCUGAUCUCUGUCAUAAUGGUCAGCAUCGGAUUUCUGGGUUCUGUAACUGGAGCAAUGAUAACCAGUGCUGCAGUAGCUGGAAUUUACAGAGUAGCAGGGAAGAAUAUGGCUCCCUUGGAAGCUCUUGUCUUUGGUGUUGGACAGACAGUACUGACAUUAAUUAUCUCAUUUUCGAGAAUUCUUGCAACACUUUGAGACUCCUGUGAAAAUUUUCACCGGCUUUAAAGAAAUCUUUAUUCUGAAGAGAAGCUUCCUGUAAGUGGAUUCCUCAACUUGUGGACUUGAUUAGUGCACAAGGAAGGAAGGAUGUGGAGCGUGUCCUGCACAUGUAGAGGUUCAGUCAAGUGAGCAGGCUGUCCUCUAGUGCCUGGACUGCUGUACUUCUGCGCUGCGCCUCAUGUGCCUCGGCCGCGGGCAGGUGUCAUGGAUGUGAAGCCGAGAGGGCACCUCGAGUAGCUGCCGGCCGCGCUGGCGCUCGGGGAGCGCGGUGUCGUGUUAGCAGAGCUGUCACAGAACAAAGUCUUGAUGAAGUUGCCAAAUGUGGAAGUGAAGAGGUAACUGUUGGUGGGGUGAGCUUCUGCUCACAGGUGUGGUGUUACAUGAAUGCUGUGAGCGUAAACUCAGCCUGAGUUCAGGUAGACCAGCCUGCCGGUCAUGGUUUAUUAGCAGAAUCUCCUUGAGUGCUCAAUUCUCACUGAGCAUUAGAAACAACUACUUGUUCUGUUCUGAAAGGCAGAUGAAUAUUGGUGGGGUGGGAGAACUACAGCUUUAGCAACACUAAUGAGUGUCAUCUGUAGAAGGUUUGACUUGUGACAGUCAACUCACAGCACAGCAUUUUGUCUUGGUUUUUAUGUCUGCAUAUUAAACCUGAGAUGCUCAAACACCACUAGUUUGGGAUAGGGAUGUAAGGGAUACUAAGUACAAUCUGUUGUACAUGCACAAACAAAUCUUAAAUUGAUACUUUACUUGUAAAUAGUGUCUUAAACACAGGUGGUCACCAGCCUUCCGAAGGCCUAUUUGUUGCAAAUAAGUUUCCUAUAUUUAUUUAAGUACUGAUAAGACUUCUUUAUCCCUAUAUAUACAUAUAUGUACAUGCUUUAAAGCAUAUUUGUAAAACAAAUAAGUGUAACAUAGUCUUAAGGAGAAUGGGAAAGGGUGAAUAUUUGAUACACCUGAAUUCUAUUGAAUAGAAUUGGUAAGAUUGUUUAAUAAAAUACACUUAUGUUAGUUCAAAAGUUUGGAAGUGGGACACUGUACUGUAUUUACUUCCUUGUUUCUUAACACUUUAUAUCCGUGGAAUGGUUAUAUAUGUGGAAUUUUCCAACACUUAGCUUUCAGUAGAGUGUGUGUGUGUGGUUUUUUCCCAGUUAAAAGGAGCAGUAGUGUUGUGCAUGUGACAUGUCUUAAAUGUGAAAUGUUUUGCAGUGAACAGAAUUUUUUAAACUCUAAUUUAUGAAAUGCAGAAUUUAAAAGGGCACAAAGUUCUGUGUGAGGAAUGAGGAGACCGAAUGCAGCAGCAGGCUAUAAUAUGCAGUCAGGAAGAGUAAAUAAUGCAGUAGUGUUGCUGAAAUAAUGACAAAAAGAUGUUCGGAACUGCUGAAGUCAGUGGUGUCAGCUGCACAGCUAAACAGAUACGGUUAAAAUGCAGCUAAUAGUCCAACCAUAUUGUUGAGUGCUUCAGAGUAUUAUAAUGAAUUAAUCUGUCUGCCUUUAUUUUCCUCCAUAUAAACCUUCAUAAGAGCUAAGGCUGCUAAUAUUAAUUUUGUUCUUUUAAAGUAUUUAAGGCAUUUGUUUGGUAAAUAUACGGAGUUGUAGGCUUUGCAGAACAAGGUAUAAGUAAAUUUAUAAACCUUUUCAGUGCUAAGUGUUUUUGUCUUUGAUUUACUUUUAGAAUGUGGCUAAAUACAUAUAAUAUAUAUUCUGUUCUAUUGAAUGUCUUCAAAAAUUUGUUUUAAAGUUCGCUUUUCCUUUCUGCUGCAACAUUUUGGCAUAGCAGUUGUUGCACUUCAGACAAUGACAUUAUUGCAUCUGUAAAUGGCAACGUAAAUUUCUCCCAUGACCUUAAAUAUCUGAAACCAUUUUUUCGCAAAUUAAGUCAAAUGUCAAUAAUAAAAUAAUUGAAGACAAUUCUCCUAAUGUGCCUUGUUAAAUUAUAUGUUUAGAGGAGAGAACUUAAAAUACUGCCUCUAAGUCAUUGUUUUGUUUUUGCUACUACUGAUGAAUUUGGUUACCUGGUAUAAUGUGUUACUCAACAGACAGUAAAGCAUUUCUGUUUCCAGCUUGGAAAUGCUGUCUAAAUAAAUAAAUGACUUUUCCUGAAGCAUGUAUGCAGUAAUUUAGAUUUUCCUGUCUUCACCUCACACUUAAACUUCUUCCCAGCUUCCAAACUCACUGGAUGAUGUUAUGUCACCACUGUUCAACAGCUUGCUAUCCUUCACUGAAAUAAUAACUCUGUAAUGAACUAUUGCUAUCUUACAAAAUUUAUAUGACAGAACUGCACUGAUGAACUACAUUCUUUAUUUUAAUUGCAGUGCCAAUGAAACAUUUACCAUUGUAACUUACCCCCUUUGACAAGGAGGAUGUCUUGGCAGUUGUUAAAUUUUCUUCUAAUAAUUUCUACGGCAUAGAUCAUUGUAAUCACUUUUGAAACAUUGUGUUGGGUGCUUAGAUGUCUCUGCUUUAUAUGGUAUUAUUGCUCAGCAACAGUGAUAAGGCAGAUAAUACAGCGUAUAAGGGGCUUAACAGAGUAUGUUACAUUUUUGGAUGGAAUACUGUUUCUAAAUGUUUACUGAGAGAUGCAUGAGGAUGAAUAGUCUGUCUGCAGAAUAUUCCAUGAUAAUGACAUUAACUCAUGGCAUAGCUCAAGUAAAGAGGGGAGAUGCAAAUAAGUGGCCUUAUGUCCUUGAACCGUUGAAUUGUCAUUCCACACCCUCACCAACAGCUUUGUUAGACAUAAGGUGCUGUAUGUAGUCAGUGGAGUGCAUGUGUAUAGCUCUGGGUGCCCUUUUGUUUAAGCUGGUGUGUAGGUGAUGUUUGGGAGGUGUAUUCUAGACCUACUAGAUACUGUCACUUCAGAUAAGUUGCCCAAGAAAAAUGAAAUUACUUAAAAAGCCCUUUUUCUCCUUAGUAGGCUUUAAAAAUGGCAUCUUUAUGACUGGCAGUAGCAGAACAGCACUGUGGACAACACUGUGCAGUGCAGAUACCCAAGCGGGCUCUUCUAGAGCUGUCUUAAAUAGCCUCCUUCUGCAUUGUAUUGCUCAGCACAUCCCACAUUGCUCAGAAUUAACUUUCAAUAGCACAGAGAACAAAUCACCACGACUUACCAACAGCCAUCAACCCAGUCUUUGGUGGAGCAGAGAAUACAGAAUAUACUGUAGAACAAAGUUGCAGCCCUACUGAGUACGGACCCUCUCCCCAACUAUUUGUUGUCUCGUGAGUAAUUCCACAGUUGCAGAAUUAAUCCCAGUUCCAUGGUGAAGGAUGUAAUUUGUGGUUUGGUCUUUGCAGUUUCUUAAAGAAACCAGUAAUUUAACCAGUUUUAAACAUUCAAUGUGGACCAAAGAAGAUAGUUGUGAUUUUUG